UCCCUAUAUAAAGGAGGGGCGGCGCAGGGGCUCCCGCCACAACCGCCAGGAUGAACUUCGGCUCGGAUCCCCACUACCUGGCCUCCUCCUACCGGAAGAUCUUCGGGGAGCCGCCGCGCUUCUCCUCUCGCCUGGGCAGCUACCGCUCGCACUCGGCCUCCCGCAGCAGCAGCAGCAGCAGCAGCCAUGCGGUCUCGUACCGGCUGGCCCAGCUGCAGGCGGAGAGCCUGGACCUGAGCCAGGCGACGGCACUCAGCGACGAGUUCCGCCUGACCCGCACCAACGAGAAGGAGCAGCUGCAGGGCCUCAACGACCGCUUCGCCGGCUACAUCGAGAAGGUGCGCCAGCUGGAGCAGCACAACCGCCUGCUGGAGGCCGAACUGGGCGCGCUGCGGCAGCGACACGCCGAGCCCAGCCGCCUGGCCGAGCUCUUCCAGGGCGAGCUGCGCGAGCUGCGGGCCCAGCUCGACGACAGCGAGGCGGCGCGGGCCCAGCUGGCCCUGGACCGGGAGCGGCUGGCCGAGGACGUGCAGCGCUUGCGGGCGCGCUGCGAGGAGGAGGCGCGGGCGCGGGCCGAGGCGGAGCAGGCGCUGCGGGCCCAGCAGCUGGAGGUGGACGGCGCCACCCUGGCGCGCCUGGCGUUGGAGAAGAAGGUGGAGGCGCUGCUCGACGAGCUGGCCUUCGUGCGCAAGGUGCACGCCGAGGAGCUGGCCGAGCUGAGCGCCGCCCUGCAGGCGCCACCCCUGGCCGCCGCCGAGCCCGACUCCACCAAGGCAGACCUGACGGCGGCGCUCAAGGAGCUGCGCGCCCAGUACGAGGGGCUGGCCGCCAAGAACCUGCAGGCGGCCGACGAGUGGUACCGCGCCAAGUUCGCCAACCUCAGCGAGCAGGCGGCGCGCAGCCACGAGGCCAUCCGGGCCAGCCGCGAGGAGAUCGGCGAGUACCGCCGCCAGCUCCAGGCCCGCACGCUCGAGGUGGAGAGCCUGCGCGGCGCCAACGAGUCCCUCGAGCGGCAGCUGCGCGACACCGAGGAGCGCCACAGCGCCGAGGCCCUCGGCUUCCAGGACACAAUCAGUCAGCUAGAAAGUGAUCUGAGAGAAACUAAGAGUGAAAUGGCUCGGCAUCUGAGGGAAUACCAAGACUUGCUCAAUGUUAAAAUGGCUCUGGAUAUAGAGAUAGCAGCAUACAGGAAGCUGCUGGAAGGUGAGGAGACACGAUUUAGCACCUCAAGCAUCAGCAUCUCACCUCUAAACCCCCUUUCCAAUCCAAGCUAUUCCUUCCAGCCCCGACUCUUCAGUUCAUCUGUGACCAGCAGCUCCAAAAUAUCCCCCACUCUUUCUUUUAAGAAGGAGGAGAAAGAAGAGGCUACUAAGAUGGCCUCAAAAAUCUCAAGUCAAGUAGGGGAAGCCUUUGCUGAAAUGAUUGAGGAGACCAUAACAUCCACUAAGAAAACAGAGCGAACAAACCUGGAGGAGGGGAGUACUGCAAACCAAAAAAUGUAACACUCUUAGCCUCAAGUACAAUUAAAUUUUAAGGGGGAACAAUAUAGCUUAAAAUUUUGAAAUUGCCUAUACCUGAAUCAAGGUGCUUACCAGCUCACAAACAUGUAGCAUUCUAAUGUUUCACAUCACUAGACUACUUUAGGAGCAAAGAAAUA